GUUUUAGCAGUGAACAUUUUCAAAUGAAAACUGCAGAAGAACGAUUCAGGACAAAUGGACUUGUUACUUUCGUGCAAGGCCUAGUGGGUAUGAAAGUGUAUGCAGAACUUCGAGCUGGAACCAUUGCAAUAGGUAAACUGACUGAAUGUGAUCGCUAUCUAAACUUGAGAAUUCGCAACGCCGUAUUGAUACGAGCUCGACAAGCAAGUAAAUUUGAAGAAUUUUUUGUUUGUGGCCGACAUCUGAGAUAUGUACAUCUUGAGCAUGUUGUUGACGUAGGCGAAAUCCUCCGCAGAGCUACAUUACCGUCCCGUUUAAAAGCAGCUACGUCAAAAAAGAGACUCGUAGCAAAAACGAAAGCAUGACUUUUCUUGAAUAAUUCCG